GCUUCUGGGGUCCCCGGGUCGGCUGGUCUGAGGGAGCCCCCAAGGAGGCGCUGAGGCUCAGCCCCUUAGCAAGCCCGUCACAGGCUCCCCACCCGCCGGUCUCCGGCCUCCCCGAACCUCAGUCUCCUCCUCUUUGAAAUGGGGUCAGGGCUGCCUGGCGUCACCGGGGCACUCGGGCCGUGGGCAUGCUCGGCGUGCGCGGCUCAGCCGCUUCCUGCAGUUAGGAGAGAGCCGCAGGGCUGGGGUUCGGAGCGGAGGAGGUCGCAGGUUUGGGGCUCAUCAUCGAGGAAGCCGCUGGGUCUGGAGCGUGACCACGGGAAGGGGCGCCGCUGGCGCGGUGAAGCACGUCCCUGCCCGGCACCCUAGGCCACGUCCGCUCGAAUUCGUCCACGACCCUGAGCCGCUUCCUCUUCUCGUUCCGAUUUCGCAGAUGAGGAAACUGAGGCUCAGAGAGGUCACAUGGCUUGCUCGAGGCCCCCCAGCCAGUGUGACCCCGCAUCCCUGCCCCCUGGGCCACUUGCAGGACGCUGGCCCCUUCCCCUCAGGAGACGCCAACGAGAGAUGAGUAGCAGCAAAGAGCAGCGGUCAGCAGUGUUCGUGAUCCUCUUUGCCCUCAUCACCAUCCUCAUCCUCUACAGCUCCAACAGUGCCAAUGAGGUCUUCCAUUAUGGCUCCCUGCGGGGCCGCGGGCACCGGCCCGACCUCAAGAAGUGGAGCCUCACUGACGGCUUUGUCCCCAUUCUGGGCAACAAGACACUACCCUCCCGGUGCCACCAGUGUGUGAUUGUCACCAGCUCCAGCCAUCUGCUGGGCACCAAACUGGGGCCUGAGAUUGAGCGGGCAGAGUGCACGAUCCGCAUGAACGACGCGCCCACCACGGGCUACGCGGCCGAUGUGGGCAACAAAACCACCUUCCGCGUGGUAGCCCACUCCAGCGUGUUCCGGGUGCUGCGGAGACCCCAGGAGUUUGUCAACCGGACCCCCGAAACCGUGUUCAUCUUCUGGGGUCCCCCGAUUAAGAUGCAGAAGCCGCAGGGCAGCCUGCUGCGCGUCAUCCAGCGGGCAGGCCUGGCGUUCCCGCACUUGGAGGCCUACGCCGUCUCUCCCGCCCGCAUGCACCAGUUCGACGACCUCUUCCGGGGUGAGACGGGCAAGGACAGGGAAAAGUCCCACUCGUGGUUAAGCACAGGCUGGUUUACCAUGGUGAUCGCGGUGGAGUUGUGUGACCACGUGCACGUCUACGGCAUGGUCCCCCCUGACUACUGCAGCGGCCCCGCCUGCAGCGCAUGCCCUACCACUACUACGAGCCCAAGGGGCCGGACGAGUGUGUCACCUACAUUCAGAACGAGCACAGCCGCAAGGGCAACCACCACCGCUUCAUCACCGAGAAGAGAGUCUUCUCGUCGUGGGCCCAGCUGUAUGGCAUCACCUUUUCCCACCCCUCCUGGACCUAGGUCACCCUGCCAGGGGAACCUCCUGAGGGGCACAGAAGGGGCUCUGGGCUCAGCCACUGGAGCUCGAGCCAGCUUCUGACCAGGGGAGGCUGGCAGUGUAUCUCCCAGCCAAUCAGGGCCUGGAAGAGGGUAUAUCCUCCAGCCAAUCAGAGUGCCUGGGGUAUCUCUUGGCCAAUCAGGGAUUUGGGAUUCUUUGUGGUUCAGCGCGGGUGUCAGCUAUUUCUUGUCCAGUCAGGGUCUGAGCGUAGCCGAUCAGGGUACAGGGGUCUUUCUGAGUCAGUCUGAGGCUGAGGACGUGCGUGUCCUUUCCCAUGAGGCCUUGGUUCAGAGCCCCAGGAAUGGGCCCCAAAUCACACCCUACUUGACUGGGACCAAGGGGUCCUUCCCGAGGAGCUGCAGUUAUGGUGUUGGCCCCUCAGUUCCUCUGUCACAGGGAGACAGUGUGUGGGCAGGAGCCGUCCGGAGGUGAGGCCAGAGAAUCUGGGGGUUGUGGGAGCUGUGAGGAGGUCUGACGGGUAGGAGGCUGGUACCCAGGUCUCGGCUCCUGAGUGACUUUGGACCAACCUCUCCCAGUUUCUGGGCACCCUUCUGUCCACGUGAGAGACUCCCGCCUCCCCACACAGCACCCUGUGGACCCCAAGAUGGGAGCCUCAACUUCUGCCUCUUGCUGUGGGGCUCAGAGGCCUGGAGGAUCUGGGAUGCAUGUCUCCACCUCCUGGAAAACCUUAGGGUAUUUUUGCGCAAACUCCCCAGGGUUGGGGGACACCGAGGGGAGUAAGACAAACCUUCAAUUGUUUUCUUGGCCUCUCAGCCCAGCUGCCAUUAGCUUGGCUCUUAAAGGGCCAGGCCUCCUUUUUCUACCCUCCAGCAGAAGAGGUCCCCACCUGUUGGAGGAGACUUUGGGGCUGAGAAGGGUGAUCCCAGCACACUGGGAUUCCGUGUGGCCUUUGUCUGGCAAUGGCGAGGGCUUCUGGGGUUUUCCCCCAAGCAGGGCUUGGGAUGGCUGUCACCGGGCUCUAUCCCCUAGAGCAGGCACUUUACCAAAACUGACACUGGGUGGGGUUUGUUUGCCCCUGCUUUUCCGGAGCUUGGAAGGGAAGAGCUUCCAGGAGGAGGCUGUGGAGUGGGAGGAAUCAACAGCGGAAGCCAGCUGCAAGCCAUUGCACAUUAGGGUGACACAGGGCAGUGACAGCCCCUGACCUGGUUUUGUAAUGAUUUGUAUUGGAAUAAACACACCUAAGCUCCA